AUGUCUGCUAGUGAGACAAGCAGUAGCACACCACAUCAAACACCAACUCCGGGGGAUGAUUCAGGGGACACUGCUGCACUUGCAGAACUUACAACUCAAAAUAUGAAAUUUACUGACAGCCGUGCCAAGUUCCGAUCUGAGAACCCUGAGCCUUUAAGUCUUCUGGCGGAGUCUCAACGACUACAACGUGAAAUGCUGCGUGUUGAAUUGUCGGAGGGUGUGGAUUUACCACCGGCAAGUCGAGGGUCAGAAGUGUCUCCAGUUCUAAGCAUGAACUCUCCGACAAGGACUCGAAUACAACUUCUUGAAGCCGAACUGUUGGAGAACAAACGAAAAGUUUCAAGUUUGCAGGAGGGCAAUCAGCGUCAUCAAAAACUAAUUCAAACCCUUCAGGGGCAGUUGGCACAAUACAAGCGCAAGAAUACUGAUUUGGAGAUGGAGGUGGAAGAUCUCAAGCUGGAGGUUCAAAAGAACGCAAAGAAGUUACAAUCCAAGGAAAUGGAACAUGACAGCCGCUUGGAUGCACGUGAAAGUAUGGCUAAGAUGCGUGAGGAAAGCUUGAUUGCAGAACUGGAAAAUCUUACCAGCACGCUAGAGGCGGAACGGAAUAAAUCGGCUGAAUUUUCACGUGCGAAUGAGGUCCUGCAGGAUCAACUGGAGGAGGCCGCUGCAGCAAAUCAGGGUCUGAGUAGGGACGUCGCGCAGUUGACUCAGGCUUGGCGUCAGGCCACACAGCAGUUGGAGAAACGUGAGGUCGACUGGCAAAACGAGGAGACAGCGUUCAACGAGUACUUCGCAACGGAGCACAAUCGCCUGCUGGCGCUGUGGCGUGAGGUGGUUGGAUUGCGACGUGCCUUCGCCGAGCUGCGCCACCACACCGCUCGUGACUUCACACAGAUGAGCAGCGAGAUAAUGCGAACGGGUCAAUCACUGCAAUCAGCUUGCUCCGCAUUGGGCAAUAACCUCAAAGCCGCUGAAUUGGAAUCGGCCGACGCACUGGCCAAGAGUCGACGGCAGCUAAUGGCUGAGGAGGCGGACGCGAAAGCGCGUAGCCAAUCACUGGCCGAGUCUUUGGAACGUAGCCAAGCCCGAUUGGUGGAAGCCGAGGAUCAGAUCAUGCAACUCAACAGACGUGUCCAAGAGCUUAUGGCCGAAGUUGCAGACAAGGAUCGUGUCUUAAACACAUUGCAAAGACUUCGAGCAUCACUGCCUUCUCCGAAGCAUUCGGAUGCGGAAGGAGAGCCGGCUGGGGAGGAUCCAGUAGCGGUGACAAAACGUCUAAUUGAGCAAACACGUGCAAUGCAUCAGGCGCUUUCUCAAAUUGCUCAGACCGUCCUUGCGGAUACAGCGAAUGCCGACGUCGAUGAGGCGCAGGAGCCUUUCAUGGUGAGCUUCCAACAUCAAAUGGAGACCGGUGAUUGGGUAGAAGACGAGGCCGGUGUCCUCGUCACACCACGCUCCAGGCGUCCAAGGUCCACCUCUCCGUCGAGUGAGCACCAUUCACCUCAGCUUCUCUUCGCCUUACCGAGAUCGCCGUCCAUUGCACCUCCCCUCAAAUUGGCCGCGACCACGGUGAGUGCGGUUCAGUCAGCCCUCAAUCGGCGUGCAACGCAGGUGCAGGCAUUGAGGCUGAAGCUCUCCAGCCUGCGAGGCCGUUUUGAGGGAAUGAACAAGCGGUUUGAGGAGAGUGAGGGGGAAAGGACGCGUCUUGUGGAGCAUGCAGGCAACCUGCGGAGUGACCUUGACCUCGUACGCAAAGAAGUCGACUCCUUGCGCGUCGAAAGGGACAAGAUCAAACAUGCUCUCAGUAUUUCCAUAGAGGAGAGGAACAUAUUGGAGAGAGCGCGAGCCACCAACAUGGAGCAAAUUAAUUCGCUUCAGGCGGAGCUGGAACAGUUUCGACAACUUCUCUACGAAACCUCGAAGGAGCGUGAUGGUCUUGUAGAACAACGCAACGCCAAACAACUGGAAUAUGAGAGCAAGGUACGCGAGACCACCCGCCUCCAGCGUACGCUGGAACAGGCAGAGACGCGGAUUUCGCAGUUGAGGGAGGAGCUGAGCGCUGCGCACAGCGCGGAAGAACAGCUGGAGAAGCGGAACUCGACCCUCUCCAACGACUACAGCGAGGUCACUGGCAAACUCGAGCGUUUGGAGCGUCGAAUCAGCGAGCUCACUGAGCAGCUUGACUUAAUUCAACAAGAGAAGCAGAAGCUGCAAGACAAAGUGAUCGGCCUUGAAUCGAUAAUCGAGGCGAGGGAAUAUGAGCGGUCGGAGUUGACACUCCAGCUUAAUCGUUCCACGUCUAAUGAGACACGAGCGCUGGAAGAGCGCAACCACCUACGUGCCGAAGUACAGCAGGUGCGAAACCAGUUAUCACGCUCCGACGCGGAGUUGCAACUGAGUUCGGCGGAGUUGGAGCGUCUGAGGGAGACUCUGGCGCGGAUGGAGCAGCAGCACCUGCAAACUGAAGCGGAGACGCUGCGAGCUAAUCGAGAGAGGGCGGAACUUGCUGAGGAGGUGGCCGCGGCCAAUAGGCAGGUGAGCAACCUGACGGAAGAGGCGGAGACACUGCGGAGGGAAGUGGGACAACAGGCAGGGGUCGUAUCUCGACUGAAUGAAGAGCGCGAGGAAAUGAUGCGAGACAAGGACGAUCUCUCCUCACGACUGUCGCUUAACGAGAGAGAACGCAGACAGCUUUCGGAUCUAGUGGCCAGGCUUCGGGCGGACAGAGAAGUCUUGGACAACGAGGCCUUUUUGGCUCAACGUCAGAUCACUGAGCUAAAGAACAAGGCGGAGAAGCAGGAAACGGAUAUUGCUAAUCUUACUCUUCGCCGAAACACCCUUCAAGGCAUGUUAAUAAUCUUAACAGCCGAGGUGCAGCGCUUGAGAAGUGACUUUGAGACGGAACUGAGCAAAAUUCAGCGUCAGCGGGACCGUCUAGGAGCUAAAUACACGGCCGAAGUAGAAGAACUGCGAGCUAAUCUAGCUACAGCUGAACAACGACUUGCAGAAGCUGAAGAGGCCGCGGUGCAGGCAGUUCUGCGGGCGGAUCGAGCUGCUGCAGAGGCAACGAAGGCUUCCAUACUCGAGGCAGGUCGAUAUGGAAUGAGUGAACGAGAGUCGCAACGGUGGGCGGAGGAACAGGCGAGACUGAAUCACGAACUCCUUCUGGCGCAGAGGCAAGUUCUGCGAGGCUUUACAAGAGCACUCUUAGAACGAGACGACGCAUUAAUGCGGGCUGAGCAGGAACGCCAGAAAAUUCUGGCACUUGCCGCGGAAGAUCACGCAACUGUAAGGGAGCGGAUUUUGCUUCUUCAAGAGACGAUUACGGAUUUGGAAAAAACACUUGAUAGAACGCGGCGCGAAGCGGCUUCAAGAGCAGAGAAAGACGACGUUGCACUAAAGACAACCACCGAAGAUCUGCGCGCAUGUAGGGAGCAGUUUGAAGAGUUCAAGGCCAGCCAUGAGAAGGAAGUAUUGGGAUUGAAGGCCGAGGUAAAGGCGCUGGAAUCAAGCCUUGAACGCACCGUUCACGAGUACAAUGAAGUCCAACUCCAGCUUCGAUUGUGUGAGGAGCCACGUUACACCAAUCGCUCUGAAUACUCCGAAACAGCAAAAAUUCUUCGAGAAACUGAAGAAAGCCGUAACAAUCUCCGUCGUGAAGUUGUGGACCUACGUAAACAGCUGAAAGAGACCGAGUCCGCCAAGUGCGCCCUCGAAGUGACGGUCCAGGAGAUGCGUCGUCAGAUGCGUGAGCUUGAGGCAGAGAGGGGUGGCCAAAGUCGUAUUCUCAACGAGAUGCGGGAGCGGUUAGAGAGCAGUGAAUGUGAGCAACGUAACCGAAAGGUGGAAAUGCACUCCCCACUAGCAAUUUCGAGGCCACGUGACGACCUUGCGAUGAAAGAGCUGAGACAAAAGCUCUCGGAAUGUGAGCUAGUAAACUCGAGACUUCAACAGAAGUGCGCAGAACUGAGGACCAACCUUGGUGAAGAAAUCGCAAAUCUGGAAGAAGUAAAACGCGAAUGUGUGAUGCUGAAGAAACAGUUAGCUGAAGAAGAGGCUGUGCGCCACAACUUGGAGACCGAAUUAGGCAGCCUACAACGUCGUCAUGCUGAUGCUGAAGAUCGCCUUCGAGCUCAUAAAUGGACAACCGGUUUGUCGACUGAAGAGGCCAAUAGAGAUUGUAAACGCCUCGAGGAAGUCAAACGCAUCCUACAGUCACGUCUGGAGACUUCUGAACAGGCGAAUGCUCGCCUUAAUGCGGACCUCACAUCGGCGCAACGACGGCUUCAAGCUCUCCAGUUGGAGUUGACGGCCUCCAGUGAGUCAAGGAUGGAUGCUGAGUCCCGUCUAGCUUCCAUUCACUCUCUGAUGCGUCGACUUCUUGGUUUUCGGCAGCGUCAGGGCUCCUUGCCUGUGCUAAUGCUAAACUCGAAGAAACGGAAUGGCGAUAUUGAUGACAAUGAGAUGAUGUGGGUUGAAGACAACUGUGAUGGCCACAGCAAUUACCAACAUCACCUCGAUCGACGUUCCAGGUCUAUAUCACCUAACAAAAAGCACAACAACUCAGACUCCAGAUCCCAUUCAGCUGACAGGCGAGCUCAUCUUCCUCCGACAGGGUGGUCAGAGGCACAAGCAGAAGGUGGAGUGAUUCAAAAGACCACUGUAACCACCGCCGCCGCUACCACUACUGCUACCACUGGGACAACAAUUAUUUCCCAAUCGCUGGACUCGCCAGGUCAGUUGCUCAAACGUCGUACGUCACCGGCCUCUCCACCUCUUCACCUGGGCGCAGAUCUGGAUCCCGACGCGGUAAGCUUCAGCCUGCGCGAGGUGCUGAGGCAGAUGGAGCAAAUGGAGAAGGAGAGGGACGAUGCAGUAAUGGCGAAACAUGUCAAUGAGGAAAAGCUCUUUAAUGUCACCUCUCAACUCAAUGAGAAAUCCGAUGAAGCUCAACAGCUGAGACAGAUACUUCGCUCCAUAGAAGAGGAACAAAAGUCACUGUCAGAACAACUGCGAAAAUCGCACGACGAGUUAUUGAAUAAGGAGACAGAACUGCGACGAAUGAAGAAGGAGCGUGACGUUGCUUUUGUGCGUGUCGAAGAGCUACAACGUCGGUUAAAAUUGAUGGAAGAAGAAUGCAAGGUCAUCCAGGAUCGACUAAAUGCUUCUAAGAACCAGGAAGCAAAAGCUGCCGAGGAUCACAGGCGAGAGCUUCGAAAAUCUUUAGAGGAAGCCGAAGCACGCCUGGCGAGCGCAGAAUCUGCUAGACGAUCUCUACAAGCGGACUUGCAUCGUCAGAGAACAAUUACUUCUGAUAAAUCCACCGAAAUUCAGGCUGUGAAUCCACCAGAGACCGAAAAACUAAAGAUCAGUGGUACUGAGACGCUGAAGUCGAGACUGGAGAGUACGCAGAGCGAGAUGUCGAGCCUGCACGAGAAACUGGCGGAGGCUCGCGCCGCCAUCGAUCGCCUGGGCCAGCAAUGCGAGCACGCGGCUCAGAGGGAGUCGGAGGCGCGCACCAAGGCUCAGCGCUUCGCCGAGCGCGUCACAGAGUUGGAGCAGGAAAACGCACAGCUGCAAGAGCGCCUCAGCAGUGCCCAGCGCCUCAUGACCAGCAUGGAUCACGACAACCGUCUCCUGCAGGAGAGACUCGAAAAUACGCAGACCAGUUUGCGUGACUGCAAGGAACAGUUGGAGCAGGUGAAUACUCGCAUCCAAAAGUUGCAAGGCGAUCUCACAGAAGCGGACCUUGUUAGAUGUGACCUCGAGGCCCAGAAUCGGCAACUCACACGGCAAAAAAAUGACCAGGAAAUAUUACAAAAGGACCUGACCCAGCAGAUCAUUAGCAUCAAACUUGAAAAAGAAAAUACACAGACGAAGUUGGAUAAUCUUCUGAAGAACCGAAAGGAGUGGGAAAAAAUGAAAGGUGACCUUGAGUUCGAGGUCAGCGAUUUGAAGGAGAAACUAAAGGAAUUACACGUAAAUUUGGAUCAUGUGACGCGAGAAAGACUUCGUGAGAAGGAGUUGAAUUCGGUUAUUGUUUCAAGUCAGGAAGAUGUGCGCAAACGGACGCAAAAGCUGGAGGAAGAAAAUCUUGACUACAGACGUCAAAUUCAACGACUAAGCGCGCAAUUGGCACUUCGAGAAGAAUCCCACGCUAGUCGUUUGGACGAACUGCUUCGACAGCGGCACGCCCAGAUGGAAACGGAAUUAGAGAAGAAAAGCGUUGCAUUACUACAAUGUGAAAAGGCGCUUAAAGCUAAGGAAAUGAGCCAUUGCCAAAGAGUCAAGACACUGGAAGAACAAAUACGAAUGCUAAAUGAUCAGCUGUCUCAUGAGGCUAACAGACGUCAGCUCUAUAUGUCAACCAGCCGACUUCCAAUUGAAUCGCCUUCCGUCACUCACUACCCAUCCGCAAGUCAACUUUCCCACACAAUGGCCCAGUCACAUGAAAGCCUCGCCAACCCACGAGAAUUCAGUAGCUCACCGGAGGGUGUCAACACGGCCCGACCGCCGCGUGCGCCGCAGCCACAGUCGACGGCGACGGUAACAACGACGGUGCUGGCUGGACGAGCACCCACCGUGGAUGCAGCGUUGUCGGUGAGCGUGCAGACGGAGUCCCGCCCCACCGCCAGUACUAGUGGGACCCAAACUCCCUCCAUUCGAAUUCCUUAG